AUGGAAAGACGCAACUUGGAUUGUUGUGAUGGGCGGUUACAUCAGGCUCGACGACGACGACGAGAAGGGAACAAAGGACGAAGGUCCCAAGGCUCCAAGGCUCCAAGCUCCAACCAAGGCUCCAAGGCUCCAAGGCUCCAAGGCUCCAAGGCUCCAAGGCUCCAGCUCCAAGCUCCAAGGCUCAAAGGUGCGUGGUGCGAGGAGAAGUUCUGGCACUGGGAUGGGUUCGAUGGUGCCUGGGACGGUAUAGACAGUGAGGCGGAGGUGAAAACCUGGGGGCUUGACGGCGGGAUGCUGGAAAUUGAAACAGCGGAUAUCCCCUACGGCGCGUUCAGUAGGGUUAACAUAGAUUGGUGAUCAAAUGUGCAUACCAUAUUGGCUAUAGUAGCACAUUCUAUAUAUACAACCAACCCCUUCAUCUGUCGCCCCCACAACCCGAAUCCCAAAGUGGUUUAACUCAGGAACAUGAACGAGAUUGAAGUCUGCCACCAAAUCGAUAGUCAG